AUGGCAGGAACUAAAAUUCCUAAAACUGAAUCCAGAACUAGAGAAAUCAGAUUAGUAGAUUUUUCAAUGUUCAAAGAAGAACAGCAAGACCUAAUUGUUUGGCUUGAAGCUAUUAAAGAAGCUUGCAUAAUAAAUAGUGUAGAUGAAAAUAGGAUAAUCAAUAUCAUAAAAUCAUACCUUAAAGGAGAAAAUAGGUCUGAUAGAAGUUACAGCUCAUUUGUAUCACUAUUUACAGAAAAAUACUGUAGUAUUUAUAGAAGGACACAAUGGGAUCAAAAGCUCAGAAAUUUAAAACAAAAUAAAAAUGAAACAGUCACUCAAUAUAUAGCAGAAUUAUGGAAAAGAGUUGAUCCACUCAAAAAAAAAGCAGAAGCUGAUAAAAUUAUGGACUUUGAUAAAGGAAUUAGAACAGAUAAGAAGAGAAAGUAUUCAAGUAUCAGAAUUAAUCCCAUUCAAGAAGAGAAAAAUAACAGACCAUCCAAUGUUUUUACUUAUAUAAAAGGAUCAUUUAUACAGGAUGAUGAAAUGGCCAAAAAGAAGUUUCUUGAUAAAGUAGGCUCAGAAAUUGAUGACUCAUCUAAUAGAACUCUAAUUGGAGUAAGUGGCAAGAUUAUUACACUAUUAGGAACAAAAUAUAACCUUUCAGUAAAGAUAGGAGAAACUAAAUGGAAUGUCAAAGCUGUAGUAAUGGAAUCUGAAGCUUAUACUCUAAUUUUAGAAAAUGAAUAG